GCAAACGGUUAGGAUCGUGUGUUUAUGAGUUAAAAAGUGGCGGCGGCUAUGGGAUUGGAAUUAUUCUUUCGUACCAUUUUUAGUGGGCGGCCAGUGUCGAAUUUCCACUUUUGAAACGAUAAUGUGCAGUGCCAAACCGAUUGGAGUGGAUUUAUUGCUGGUCAAAGCGUUUCAGUCCCGACGCAAUAGCAAAUCUCUAAUCUCAAGUGUUCUAUUCUAUUUCUGAAAGUGAUUAAUUUUUUUGUGUGAACCGUGGGACCGCUGUUAAAACCUUACAUCAUCAGAAUAGUGGGGGUACUAAAGGGCUGCAUGGGAUACGGCAAACCGAAAAUUAUUAUUGAAGAAUAAUUGUUGUUCCAUGUCAUUCACACGGUGCAUACAUAAAACGCAGACAAGCUGGUUGGCGAAUCGGAAUCCAGUCGAAAGGCCCGAAGGAAGGAAUCGAAUAAAUAGGAAAAAUAAAAAUAAAGUAUGCACGGAUUGCGGUCGACGAAGAGAAAGGAAGAAAUCGGUUGCACAAAGAGGUGUUAUCCGAGAAGAUUGAAAUUUAUAGAUUUUAUCAUUUGAUCGAAGAAGAGUUUUACCAACGUUUGCUCUCGGGUAGGGACGGAAAACAAAAAUCAAUGUGUAUCGUCGCCAGUAGUCCCGUUCUAACAUCAAGCAUCUUAUCAUGAGAUCAUCAAUAAGUGUUACGAAAAUUCUCACGUUUUGUUUCAUACUUUUGAUUUUAAUUUUGAAAGCGAAAUUGUGUGUGAGUUUUGUCUCUACUAGUGGUGGCGUUAGUAGUGAUGACUCACUUCAGUCUGCAGUUCAGUUCGUAGAGCCUCAGCUGAACGUAUCGUCGUCGGAUGUGACCAGUGUCGUGAAUUUUAGUGCAAAACACGAGCUUCACCAACACGCGUCCGCGAUGCCAAGAGCACACCGCGUGCGCCAUAAACAUCAUCAUAUGAAAAUUCGACACACCGCCGCCGAAGAGGAGCGAACUCGGCGCGGCUAUAAAAGUAAUGCUAAGUUCGUGAAUUCUAAGGUGGACAAGCUGCGACACAAUGUUCAUCCUCGGUCCCAUAACAACCGGCAUCAGCGUGUAUCAUCUCAUCAUCUUCAUCAGCGUGGUGGCAGCAGAAAAAUUCACACGCACUCGAGUCACGGUAGCAACAACCACAACAACAGUUGGCAGCAUAUCGCUGCAUCCGGCAAUUCAUCAUUCCCGAUGCAACGGCCAACAGAUGAGCAGAAGACGACGGCACGGACUGAGCGUGUCAACUUAAGUAAAACAGCGAAACCAUCAAGCAAAGACACCCGUUUGACUUCUCAAUCAAGAUCUCAUGGGGUCACAACCGUAACCCCAGCAAAACAGUCACCGGUUAGCGGUCGAGCCAGUUCUGGAGCCAACAGUCUCAGAACCAGUUCCAUCAGUAGAAGGUACUUUGAAGAUCUACUGCACAGCUAUCAGGGCAAACUGGUGUUACGGUCGCACAAUAGACUGCGAGGCGACGAUGAUUAUGCCUACGAUGAAGAUGAGGGUGACAACGAUGAGUACGACGAUGACGAUGAUGAUGAUGACGAUUACGAUGAGGACGAGGAUGAUAGUGAUGAUGAUGACGACGCUGAUAAUGACGAAAAUAACAACGAAGUGCAGGAAGACAAUGGUGAGACUCAAGGCGAUGCCGGUUACAGCAGCGUCACAACUGUGAACUCCGAAAUUUACGCAACUGGUAUUGCGAAUGGUUACAAACAAACGGCCCGAAAUACACAGAGCAGCGGAGGACAAACACAAGAUAACAGCUUCCAGCGCGACGGACUGGAUACAGCCCGAGAUAAGGAUUCCCAAACCGUUCCACUGAAGCCAACCGCUGCUCAGCCCACGCUGGAAGGAAGGAAAUCUCCGAAACAAUCUCCCCAUACUGAUAUGUCUCGUCUAGCUUCGCACCACGCUAGCAAGCUCCGGCGGGAAGGUAUUUGCUCGGUUCCGAAACCAAAGAUAAUAUUAGCCUCGACCGAUCCUACCAAGCAGUACACUCCCCAUUGCACAAUUCUGCAUCGCUGUGGAGACGAUGUGGGAUGUUGCCUGCCAACCCAAACCUGCGCCUCCUCGAAGAACACAACGAUUGAACUUUACUUUUUUGUUCAUACCGUUGGGUCAAGGUCAACAAUCGAAAGACUGAGCUUUAUUAACCAUACGGAGUGCGCAUGCAUCAAUCGACUUGAAGCCGUUUCUUCUACUUCAAUAACGCCGAUAUCGACAGUGCCGCCGCCGCCACUCGGGGCCCCGGUUUGCACUUGUCCAUCACUGUUCCAGCGUGUAAUUGAUAAUGACAACCGAUGUUUCUGUGAUUGCUCAUCAAGUGAUCCACAGUGCGACCAAUUUAAACGUGGUUUGGAACAUUUUUCCAUGGAAAAUAGAAGGUGCAUCAAAGACGGACGCUGUGAGGCGCCGGUUUGCGAAUACGGGCAUUACAACAUAGCCAAAGGCAAAUGUCCCACUCGAGAGGACAAGCUGAGCUACUCUUACAAGGGAUGAGCGGGGCGCGUAUUUAGCCGAACAGCAACGUGACAGUUAUUAGUGGUGUAAAUACUGGUUUACAUAAAUGAUUAUCGCAUUUCUUGAGAUUCCUAUAUGCCAUAUUUUUUUUAUCCUUGAUUUUGUGCAGCUAGUUGUGCCUUUUCUGGAACAGAAUGGACUGUUUACUGUUAUAGUUUUCAUCUACCGAUGGUUAGCUGUUACGUGUAGGCCUAAUUAUGACUUAAUUAAUAUUCGAAAUUCUCACACAGUUCAUCACAUCGUUAGUGUAGGUCGAAGUGCUCUGAACACUUGGUUUGUACAUAGAAAACUUAGUCUGUAAUCAUUGUUUCUGUGUAAACUGUGGAAGCAAUACCGGUUUAAAAUUUUUCAAUAAUCUUAAAAAAAUGUGUCAAAAUAGAUUUAUCUAGAUCUGAACAGAAAGAUGUAGUGCCAAAGUAAUCUAGUUAUAUAUCAGAACAAAAUUAAACAACAAUUUGUGCCUUUGGUGGAUUUUGCUAGAAUAGAAAAAGGCAUCUGUAAAGUUCUACCACAUAUGAAAAUUUAAUUUUAGAAUUAAUGUUUAUUCCAUAUACAAUUAUUUACAUCUUGUGCACGGUACUAUAAUCGCGUAGCAAUAAGUUAAAUAAACAAUUAUGCUAGUCACUUAAGACAAAUAGUUAUAUGGCUAUUAUAAUUUUUGAUUACCGGAAACGUACAACUAUAGUUACAUAUAUCACUUGUAAUGUUUUAUAAUAUAAUAAAAAAUAUAUAUGCAAAUAAA